UUCGUUUUAAAUUUAAUGUUUAUUUAAAUUUUUUCAACCAUGUGAUUUAGAUUAUAAUAAAAAAAAAGUCAAAAUAUAUAGAAUCUAAUAUUAUUAUAUUAUACAGAUAAUUAUCGAAAUUAAAAAAAAAUGUUUCAUUGACAAAUUGCAAAGUUUGCAUAUUAUUUGAAUCUAUUAUUAUCCAUCAAUCCAAAAUCGUCUGAUUAGGAAAAUUUUGCAUCCCAAGAAUAAAAAUCAUUCUUAAUAACGAUGAUCAGGAGAAUAAGGUGGUAAUAUUUAUUUUUAAAAAAGCACGCUCUGUUCUUAAUCAUUCCUUCUUACCUCAAUCUUCAAGAUUUUGAAAAAGAAUUAUAAUCAAAUCAUCAAUUCCAUAUGUUAAUGUAUAUCACUUAUAAAAAUAAUAGAACAUUGAAGCUAAACGUAAAAAAUUAUCCCAAACUUCACGGUGAACGAUAGUUGAAAAAUCAUUAUUCGUUCUGAAAAUUACUCAUAAUAGUUUUACAUAAUAUUACAAAUGCCGUAUCUUUCGAGAAAAGCGAAAGAAAGAAUACGAAAAAGCGAAAAAAAAAUACUCACAGGCGUUAUUAUUUCCACUGUCGUAGGAUUUGUUUUGACGUGCAUCGCGGUGUCAACGUCAUAUUGGAUCAUUUUAAAAAUGCGCAUUCCCUAUUACAUGAACGAGACGAACAACUAUUUUAUAUCCAGUCAUUCCGGUCUAUGGAAAUAUUGUCUCAAAUCUCGAAAUAUUUCUCGAUCUAAGCACUCCCCCAAAAAGCCAAUUCAAGAAGUAUGUUAUUACCACCCAAUGUUUCCCUCUAAGGAAGAAAUCGCGGAAAAUCCUAGAACCGAUGAAACAAGCUUACAUUAUAGCCGAGCUGAAGGAGCUUUCGCAGUGAUUACAAUAUUUAUCAUGGCCAUUUCGCAUAUUUUUUCGAUAUAUACCUUCAAAGAACCAAGAUUUAUGUUUAAAAGAUUAGCAGGCUUUUUGUAUUUUCUAGCAGCUGCCAAUUGUUUCGUGACGAUAGAAAUGGUAAUAUCGUCCCAUUUGUAUGAAGAAAAACAUUUACCCGUCGCAUACCCCAAGCUGGCAAUUAUGCAUUACGGCUACAGUUUUUAUUUUACUUGCCUGGCUCUGUCCAUUUACAUACUGGCCAGCAUCACGUUUUUGAUUUACUCCCACAAACGCAAAGAAGACAAAGCACUUUCGGAUGAAGAGGCCAUUGAAAAUAGGCCCAUGAAAAUUCGAAGAUAAAUCUUAUUAUCUUAUUCCGUAUAAAAUUCGAAGAUAAAUCUUAUUAUCUUAUUCCAUAUAUAACAAACAACUCUAUGAAUAUGAAGUGAUAAUUAUGGUUGUAUAUAAUUUUUAAGAAUACACAACUAAUGUAACUCACCCCCCCCCCCGUUAAAUAUAAAAAUAAUCUUUUAUUUGUUUAUCUGUAUAUUGAUAAAAUGUGUGAAUAUUAUCUGUUAAAAAAAAUUCACACCUAUUUUUUAGUUAUAUAAUUUUUUUUUGAAAAAAUUAAAAAUUAUGCAAAACGAUCUUACGAUGAUAUUAAAUUAAAUUUUAAUAUAAUUACACCAUUAAGUGCAAUUCAUUUUUUUUGUAUGUAAAUUAUAAAUUGAUCCGUCAAGAAUCACAAUUAAAUUAUAUUUACAUUAUUAUUUUUAAAAAAGAAAUAAAAUAUAUACAAAUAAUCAAUUAAAUAUAAGUAUAGUAUAUUUAUAAGUUACAAAAUUUGACCUAAGACAUUUAAAAUAAAUCAUAUUUUUUUUUACGGAUUAUAUUUUGAAUCGAAAUCAUCGCAACGCGAGACCUAAUAAUACCAUUUAGUUUAUAAUUCUUCGAUAUUUUAUUUACGUUAAUAUACUUUUUAAACAAAAUUUAACAUUUUCCCCUCAGUUUCACUUUAUGAACUUUCCACCCAGCACAUUAAACGCUUAUAAAAUAUUAAAAUCAAAUUUCGUUAUAAUAAUCAUAUAUUAAUGACCACACGAUAUUUUACUUAUGAAGAAAUUCUCCAUACUUACAAUAUUUUUUAUAAUACAACCAUUUUUUUUCAUUGUAUUAUUUUUUAUUUUGAAUUAUAAACAAAUAAACAUAUAUACUAUUAUUACAUAAUUCAAGUAAAUUUUUAUAACUAACAUUACCCCAUAAAUAAAUCACGCCUAAUUAUUAACGCGUUAGCUAUUCUUGUACGCGUUCUUAGAGCCUUAUAAAUCGGCUCGGCGAGCUCAAAAGUUUUGUUCGCGGAAGGGCAUUACGUGUUCCGAUAUUU